GGAGCCCGGGCCACCAUGCAAUGGAAGUCGCUGGUCCUGGGGCUGCUGCUGCUGCGGCUCGGCCUCCACGGAGCCCUCUGGCUCGCCUUCGGCCUGGGCCACAGCUUGGGCUUCUACCAGCGCUUCCCCAUCAGCUUCGGCUUCCAGUGCCUGAGGGGCCCCGAGGGCCGCGCCGAGGCCGCCUCCUCCGCGCAGCCCUUCUGGCUGAAGGCGCCGGGGCUCCGGGGGCCGCGCCCGCCGCCGCCGCCGCUCCCUCCGCGGCGGGCGCAGGCGGGGCGGGGGCUUCGGCCCGAGCGGGGCCCGGGGCCGCCGGCGCCGGGCGUGUGCCCUAAGUCGUACUGGGCGUCGCUGUUGGGCGGCCGGGCCCGGGGCGCGGGGGGCGACGAGUACGAGCGGCGCUACAGCGGUGCCUUCCCCCCGCAGCUGCGGGCGCAGAUGCGCGACCUGGCCCGGGGCAUGUUCGCCUUCGGCUACGACAACUACAUGGCGCACGCCUUCCCCGAGGACGAGCUCAACCCCAUCCACUGUCGGGGCCGGGGGCCGGACCGCGGGGACCCUUCGAAUCUGAACAUCAACGAUGUUCUAGGAAACUAUUCAUUAACCCUGGUUGAUGCCUUGGAUACACUUGCAAUAAUGGGAAAUUCAUCAGAGUUCCAGAAGGCAGUGAAACUAGUGAUCAACACAGUUUCAUUUGACAAAGACUCCACAGUCCAAGUCUUUGAGGCUACAAUCAGGGUCCUUGGAAGUCUCCUUUCUGCCCAUAGAAUAAUAACUGACUCCAAACAGCCCUUUGGUGACAUGACAAUUAAGGAUUAUGAUAAUGAAUUGUUGCAUAUGGCUCGAGAUCUGGCAUUGAGAUUGCUCCCUGCCUUUGAAAAUACAAAAACUGGAAUUCCCUAUCCUCGGGUGAAUCUCAAGAGCGGUGUGCCCCCUGACAGCAAUAAUGAGACUUGCACUGCUGGUGCUGGCUCCUUGCUAGUGGAGUUUGGGAUUCUUAGCCGGCUGCUGGGGGACUCGACGUUUGAGUGGGUGGCCAGGCGGGCAGUGAAGGCUCUUUGGAAUCUUCGCAGCAAUGACACUGGGCUCCUAGGGAAUGUUGUGAACAUCCAAACAGGCCACUGGGUUGGAAAGCAGAGUGGCCUCGGGGCUGGGUUGGAUUCCUUCUAUGAAUACCUCUUGAAAUCUUACAUUCUCUUUGGAGAAGACGAUGACCUAGAGAUGUUUAAUGCUGCCUAUCGGAGUAUUCAGAGCUAUUUAAGAAGAGGCCGGGAAGCUUGUAAUGAAGGUGAAGGAGACCCUCCACUGUAUGUGAACGUCAACAUGUUCAGUGGCCAGCUGAUGAAUACCUGGAUUGACUCUCUGCAGGCUUUUUUCCCUGGAUUGCAGGUAUUAAUAGGGGAUGUGGAAGAUGCCAUCUGCCUUCACGCCUUUUAUUAUGCCAUCUGGAAGCGAUAUGGUGCCCUCCCAGAGCGGUACAACUGGCAACUACAGGCCCCUGAUGUCCUCUUUUACCCUCUGAGACCAGAGCUGGUGGAGUCAACCUAUCUCCUUUACCAGGCAACCAAGAAUCCCUUUUACCUCCAUGUAGGAAUGGAUAUUCUUCAGAGCCUGGAAAAGUAUACAAAAGUCAAAUGUGGUUAUGCUACAUUACAUCAUGUCAUAGACAAAUCAAAAGAGGACCGGAUGGAAAGUUUCUUUCUGAGUGAGACCUGUAAAUACUUGUAUCUGUUGUUUGAUGAAGAGAAUCCAGUGCACCAAUCUGGAAAUAGAUACAUGUUUACUACUGAAGGACAUAUCGUGUCUGUGGACAAACAUCUUCGGAACUCUCCUUGGAAAAAAUCCCUUUCAGAAGAGGGAGAGGAGCAUCAGGAAGAAAAACCUGUGCCUAGACCCAAACCUUUGGACUUGAAAGUUAUCAAUUCAAGCCUAAAUUGCAAUCGUAUUCCUGAUGAGAGAAGGUAUUCUCUGCCCCUUAAGAGUAUCUACAUGAGACAGAUUGAUCAGAUGGUCGGCCUGAUUUGAGGGAUCACCUUGCCUGGUGAUGUUUAAAUAAACAGAUCCAGAGGUCUAACUGAAGCGGAAGGAUGACGAAAGUCUGGCCAUGAAUAAUGGUGAUGAUGGAGGUCUGGCCGGCAACAUACUCGCUCUCUGUUCUUGCAUAUUUUAAUUAUUUUCUCCAGUUUAAAACACAAUGAAAAUUGG